AUGUCUUCAGCGCAACCUUCUUCCGGUGCCACAUGGGUCGAGGGCGACUUUGAGCACCCGAACCAGGACGUUGUUCGGCCUAUCAAAAUCGCACUCGUAUUUGCCUACACGUUGUCUACCCUCGCCGUUAUUUUGCGUCUGGUAGCCCGACGAAUGACAGGCAGCAGAUUGUUCCUGGACGAUUGGCUGAUUCUGGUGGCUCUGUUUUUCAAAUAUGCCUGCUCCAGUGGAGUUGUUACUCUUCUAUUCAAUGGACUUGGAUCACACAUCACAAUGGUCCCAGCCAAGAAUCUGAUUGUGUACUUCCAGAUCGGAUACUCCAACAACUUCGUGUACACCAGCUGUGUGGCGUUUGUGAAAUUCUCAAUCUUGGCACUAUACAAGCGCCUGUUUGCCGUUCGACACAUGGUCAUCGGUGUGCAUGUUAUGACAGUCGUCGUUCUUACCUGGGUUGUUGGCGUCUUUGUUUCUGGUGCUCUGCUUUGCAUUCCCGCGAACAAAUUCUGGGAUCAAUCCAUCCCAGGAGCCUGCCUCGACCCAUACAAAUUCUACUAUGGAAUCCAGAUCCCGAACAUUCUCUGUGAUCUCAUCAUUCUCCUCAUGCCCGUCAAGGUUGUUUGGUCAUUGCCUGUUGCAAAGUCCCAGAAGGUGCUUCUGUCGGGUAUCUUCCUUGUUGGUGGCCUGACCUUCGUUUUCGACAUCGUUCGCUUGUAUGCCAUGAUCAGAUUGGUCGAUGCUGACAACCAAGUCCCAGUCGUCGUGUGGACUUGUCUUGAAGCCACAGUCGGGAUUAUUGCGGCCUGUCUGCCUAAUCUCCGACCUCUGUUCCAGCUUGGGAAGUCUGGCUUCUGGUCCCAUAUCCGAUCUACAGUUCGUACAUCUGAAGAGACUCUUGUCUCUAAGAACUCUGGUACUGUGAACUCGAACGACACUGUGAGCAGUAUUCAAAAGCCAACUGGACACAUUUCCUACGUGGCCGAGGAAAAUAUUGAGAUUGCCGGGUACAACAACUUCAGCAAGAUUAACAAGGAGUAA